AUGACCGUCCAGGUGUCACGUCUGGACCGCCAGGUGGUGCUGCUGGAGACCGGGUCCACCCAGGUGGUGCGAAACAUGGCCGCGGACCAGCUCGGAGACCUUGCGAAACAACAUCCAGAAGACACGCUCUCGCUGCUGUCACGUGUGUACCCGUUCCUGAUGGCCAAAAAGUGGGAAACGCGGACCACGACCGCGCGUGCCGUGGGUGGGAUAGUGUCGCACUCGCCCGCGUGGGACCCCAACGAGGACGACGCCGACGAGGCUCGCGAGGCCGAGCUGGAACUCAAGGCGGAAAACGGCGACGAGACGCUGUCGCUCGACACGAUCUCCCCGGCGUCCGCCAAAGUGAAGCUCGAGCACGAGAUUCGGCUCAAGCUCGAAGAAGUGGACCAUACCGCCGAGUGGAGGUCGCUCCAGGACGACAGCAAGCUGUUCUCGCUCAGCGACUGGAGCCUCCACGACGUGCUCAAGUCUGGCAAGACGCUGCUGGCGACCAGCAUCGAUGACUUCCCACAAACGGUGCCCGCAGCAUCGCUGCUGGCUUCAGACACCCGCGAUUCAAAAACCAAGCUUCCCAAAGUAGAAUAUCCGCCCACCGGAACGGACUUUCUGCCGACGGGUCAUCCAGAUGGCUCCGACGCGGCGGCAGUAGCCGCCGCCGCCGCCGAGAGCUCCAAGAAAAGCGCAAGGAUGAUGGCAAUGGCCAAACGUAAGCGCAAAAUCAAGGCCAAAACCACCAUCAAGAAGCCAGUCGAUAUUUCCCAGAGCUCUAUAUCGCGCAACCUGAUGGCGCAAGACGAUUCCAGCCAGAGUCCCACGCCUUCGCCAACAAUGCUAAACAACCCGAAACUUGAGAUCACCGAACAGUCUGAUUCCAAGCGAAUUAUGGUCGAGUCCAUGGUCAAUCCAAUUCUCGAGAAACACGACAGCAUUGCGGGGCUUGUAUGGCAAUUUCAAGGCAUAUACGAGCUCUUGUUGGACAAUUUGGUGAGUGAAGCAUGGGAAAUACGACACGCCGCCGCACUGGGCCUUCGAGAAAUCAUCAAAAAACAUGCCAAGAGCGUUGCCAGAAUAAAGGGCAAAUCCAAGCAAGAGAAUGACCGUCGAAACCGCAAAGCGUUGGAAGACUUAGCAACUCGGCUAUUAACCGUAUUUGCACUCGACAGGUUCGGGGAUUUCGUGUAUGAUACCGUAGUAGCACCAGUGCGAGAAUCGGUAGCUCAAACUUUGGCUGCUCUUCUAAUUCAUCUUGACGACGACCUGUGUAUCCAGAUAUUCGGCGCAUUGGAACAGCUGGUAUUGCAAGACCCUAAAAUUGUUGGUUUACCGCAUAAGAUUUGGGAAGCCACCCACGGCGGGCUGUUAGGUAUCCGCUAUUUUGUCGGAAUCAAAACAGAUUUUCUUUUCCAGAACAAUUUAUUGGAUAACGUGGUCAACAUUGUCCUUUAUGGUUUGAAAGAGCACAAUGACGAUGUGCAAAGUGUUGCUGCCGCGAUACUGACUCCCAUUGCGGUAGAAUUUGUCAAAUUAGAGGCUAACACAAUAGACCUCGUCUUGAGUACCAUUUGGAGUUUAUUGACACAUCUGGAAGACGAUUUAUCAUCGAGUGUAGGGUCCGUGAUGGAUCUAUUAGCCAAAUUAUGUGAGCAGCAACAAGUCCUUGAUGUCUUGAAAGCCAAAGCUCUUACACAUCCCCAGGAAUGGUCUUUCAAAUGUUUAGUUCCUAAGCUUUACCCGUUCCUGCGGCAUUCUAUCACAAAUGUGAGGAAAUCUGUAUUGAACCUGCUCAGUGCAUUCUUAUCUAUUAAGGAUGAUUUUAUCAAGCAUUGGAUAAACGGUAAGAUUUUCAGGCUGGUAUUUCAGAACAUUUUACUGGAACAAAAUCCUCAAGUCUUGAGCUUAUCCUUCGACGUUUACACUUCGAUGCUUUUUGAGUACAAGAACAAAAACCCUGAUAAAACUUUGGAUCAUCUAUUUGGCAAGCAUCUGGCUCCUAUUUUACAUUUGCUCAUAACUCCUAUAGGUGAACACGGCAAGAGUUAUAACAUGGAGUUGCAAUAUAUACUAAAGCCAUCUCCGCAUUAUCAACUCAUUUCUGAAAGAAAAAGAAACACUCAUUCAGACAUACAAUCUGACAUUCCGCCUCCUGCUAACAGCGAACGUGUCAACAUUGACGCACCUAUGAUUGCAGGCGAUGUAACACUUUUGGGCACAGAAGUCAUUUUUAACACUAGGGUAACUGGUGCAAAAGCACUGGGAAUCACUUUGUCAAUGUUUCAAGAGUCUACUCUCAAAUCUUUUUUCACAAAUGUGUUAUUGGAUUGUCUUAAGCUUCCUUAUGCAACACCACGCAUGCUUGUCGCAAUUAUAAUAUCCGAGCUAUGCUCCAACCUAUCAAACCAAUCAACUUCAGAAGAUAGCGAAAGAUUGAAACAUUUUAUUUCGGAAAGUUUUGGAUCAACGUUCAUCGAAAAUUUGACCGAUCCGUUGACCUUGCCCACUUUUAGGGAACUUGUGCCUAGUCUCAAAGCACUGCGGACUCAAUGCCAGAGCUUGCUCUCAACUUUCGUUGACGUCGGAAUGCUUUCUCCUCAACGGCUACCGCAGCUAGCUAUAAUUGUCCAAGGCGAAUCAGAAGCCGGGACAGAAGCGUUUGGUAUAGAAACUGCUGAAAAGGCAUAUAAAGAAACAAGUGACAAGCUUUUCCGCCACUUGAGUAACUCGCACAAAAUACUGGCGAAGAAGCCAAUUGACGAUGCAAAGUACCGCGUCUUGCAAGCGAUUGAAACGGCCAAGGAGGCCAGAAGGUCGCGAGUUUGCAACGUUCUCGCCAAUUACGCGUCUGCUACAUUACUAUUUGACGGCCUUCCAACGAAGUUGAAUCCAUUUAUCAGAACUUUAAUGGAUAGCAUUAAAGAAGAACGCUAUGAAAUAUUACAGAGAAGAUCUGGUGAUGCGAUUUUGAAUCUGGUAGUUGAGCUUGUUAAGCAGAACAAAGGCAACGUAGCGAACAAAAUAGUAAAGAACCUGUGCGGUUUCUUAUGUGUUGACACUUCUGAAGUCCCAGAGUUCGCACCAAACUCACAGUACAAAGAGAACAUUUUGACUUUGAUAAGAGAGCAAACUGCACUUGCAUUUCAAGAUGAUGCAGAUGCCAAGAAAUCAGCUCAUGAAGCACAGAUCAAGCGGAAGGGUGCCAUGUACACUUUGAGCGAAUUUCUGCUUCGCCUUGGUCCAAGCGUCCUUGAAGUUGUACCACAAGUGAAGCACAUAAUAUUCGACCCCUUGGAAAAAGUCAUUAAUGACCAUAACGGAGACCCUCCUGAUUCAAAGACAGGACAAGAGGUGGUUGAUGCAUUAGGUGUUUUGAGAGCACUGAUCGUUUACAUGAGCAAAGAAGUACAAACGAAUGAAAUCCUGCCCCGCCUUCCAUACCUACUGAAAUAUUUGACAUCCGAUCUUGCUGUUCUCAGAUAUUCAGCUGCUAGAACUUUUGCAGAUUUAGCCAAUACACUGACUAUCCAAGUCAUUCCAUUUGUUAUUCAGAAGGCACUGCCGCUAAUGAACAAUUCUUCUUCAGUGACAGACCGGCAAGGUGCAACGGAAUUGGUAUAUCACCUAGCUUUAUGCAUGGGCAGUGGCAUUUUACCAUACGUUGUAUUUCUCAUUGUUCCACUCUUGGGCCGCAUGAGCGAUUCUAAUCAAGACAUUAGAACUUUGGCCACCUCCACAUUUGCAUCAAUCAUAAAGCUCGUACCUCUAGAGGCUGGCAUUCCCGAUCCUGAGGGUUUGCCCCAAGAAUUGAUGGAAGGUCGUGAAAAGGAGCGUGACUUCAUUCAACAGAUGAUGGACCCUUCUAAAGCCAAGCCUUUCCAAUGUCCCGUGGCUAUAAAAGCUACCUUAAGAAAAUAUCAACAGGAUGGUGUCAAUUGGCUAGCUUUCCUGAACCAGUACCAUUUACAUGGUAUUCUUUGUGAUGAUAUGGGUUUAGGCAAAACUUUACAAACUAUUUGCAUCAUCGCCAGUGAUCAAUACUUGAGAAACGAGGACUUCGAAAAAACGAAAGCUAGAGAAUCAAGACCUUUACCCUCUUUGAUUGUUUGUCCACCAUCUCUGACCGGUCAUUGGGAGCAAGAAUUUGAGCAAUAUGCGCCAUUCCUGAAAGUGCUUGUGUUUGCUGGAGGUCCCUCAACAAGAUUUCCCCUGAGAGACAAACUAGGCGAGGCUGACAUUGUCGUAACAUCAUAUGAUGUUGCUAGAAAUGAUAUUGAUGUUAUAAUGAACUAUGACUACAACUACUGCGUUUUGGAUGAGGGUCAUAUUAUAAAAAAUGCACAGUCCAAGCUAGCUAAAGCUGUCAAACUUGUCAGAGCAAACCACAGAUUAAUCUUGACUGGUACCCCCAUUCAAAACAACGUUGUAGAGCUCUGGUCUUUGUUUGACUUUUUGAUGCCGGGCUUUUUGGGAACAGAAAAAAUGUUUCACGAGAGAUUUGCGAAACCGGUCGCGGCCUCCAGAAACAGUAAGACAUCUUCCAAAGAGCAAGAAGCUGGGGCAUUGGCUCUAGAUGCCUUGCACAAACAAGUUCUUCCUUUCAUGUUGCGGAGAUUGAAGGAGGACGUGCUAUCAGACCUUCCCCCAAAGAUUAUUCAAGACUAUUACUGUGAAUUAAGCGAUCUACAAAAACAGCUUUACAAAGAUUUCGCCAAGAAGCAGAAAAACACUGUUGAACAGGAUAUCGAGCAGGUCGCUGAAGUCGAUAACAAGCAGCAUAUUUUCCAAGCUCUUCAGUACAUGAGGAAAUUAUGUAAUCAUCCUUCUUUGGUUGUUUCCAAAGAUCACCCACAAUGGCUUCAAGUCCAAAAUUACCUAAAGCAGACCGGCUUUAGCUUACAUGACAUUACCCAUGCUCCCAAGCUGGGAGCACUCAGAAAUUUGUUACUAGAGUGUGGCAUCGGUACGCAAGACGUUGACGUAAAGUCCAAAUAUUCUCUUCCUCCUACGGAGAGUGUCAUCAGCCAGCAUCGGGCCUUGAUCUUCUGUCAGUUAAAGGACAUGUUAGAUAUGGUCGAGAACGACCUUUUCAAAAAAUACAUGCCAACUGUAACAUAUAUGAGACUUGAUGGUAGCAUCGAAUCUCGUGAUAGACAGGCCGUUGUCCGCAAAUUUAAUGAAGACCCCUCCAUCGAUUGCCUCUUACUGACUACAAAAGUUGGUGGUUUGGGAUUAAAUCUCACAGGUGCCGAUACAGUGAUUUUCAUCGAACAUGAUUGGAAUCCCAUGAACGAUCUUCAAGCCAUGGAUAGAGCCCAUCGUCUGGGUCAGAAGAAAGUUGUAAACGUUUACAGAAUUAUCACCAGAGGAACCUUGGAAGAAAAGAUCAUGGGGCUUCAAAAGUUCAAAAUGAAUAUUGCAUCUACGGUCAUCAACCAGCAAAACUCGGGCUUGGCCUCGAUGGACACGCAUCAAUUGCUGGACCUUUUCGAUACGGAUAAUGUUCCUUCGCAAGAAAAGGAAACCAAGAAUAGUAGCGACGGCAAAAUUGACGAAAUUGUCAACGAAACUGGGUUGACUGGGAAAGCCAAAGAGGCUGUAGGUGAACUCACCGAGCUCUGGGACCCCACUCAGUAUGAUGAGGAAUACAAUUUGGACAACUUCAUCAAGACUUUACGCUGA